AAUUUUAAAUUAAAAAAAAACAAAUUAAAAAAUAUACAAAAAAUAUAUAAAAAAUAUGAGUAAUAAAUCUUAAUAAAAGGAAUGCUAUUACAAAACUCUUGGUAUUAAUAAAAAUGCUAAAGAAGAAUAAAUUAAAAAAGCAUAUAAAAAAUUAGCUUUGUAAUGGCAUCCAGACAAAAAUCAAAACAAAAAAGAUGAGGCCACAACUAAGUUUAAAUAAAUCUCAGAAGCAUAUGAAAUUUUAUCUGAUUCACAAAAAAGGGCUGCUUAUGAUAGAUAUGGAUUCGAUGGAUUAGGAUAAGGAGCAUAAUAAUAAAAUUAUUAAUUUAAUUAAUAAAAUUAUCAACAUGCCAAUGAUAUAUUUAAAAAUUUCUUUACUAAUUUUGGAUUUGGAGAUGACGAUGAUCCUUUUCUUUCUUAGUUUUUUGGAAACAAUUUUCCGUUUAAAAAAGUCCAUAAAGCAAAUCAAAAAUAAGGCUUUUUUAAAAGUAAUACUUUCCAAUAAUAAGCAUUUAAUAAUUAACCUGAUUUCUUUAAUAAUAACUAUUUUAAUAAUUAAAAUGAUAUGUUGUAAAGAUAGUCUUUACUUAAUAAUAACAAUUUUUUUAAUAAUAAUUUCUUUGGAAGUAGUAAUUUCUUUAAUAAUGGUCCUUUUGUUAGUAAUGAUUUCUUCUCCGGAUAAUAAGGAAAUUUAUAAACGUAAUAGUAGUUUAGCUCUGGAAGAGGAUUUGGAUCUUCUUAGAGUAUUUAAAGUUCAACGAAAAUAGUGUAAUUAUAUAUUUUAAUUUUUAGUAUAUUAUUUAAAAGAAAUGGAUAGUAAUAAACAAUUAGAAAAACUGUUGUUACUAAUCAAGAUGGCACUAAAACAGUCACAGAAGAGAUUAGUGAAGGAAAUAAGAAAAGAAAAAAAUAAUAUAUAAUAAAUUCAAAUAGUAAUUAAAAUUAUAUUAUAAUAAUAUUGAUUAUAUAUUUUUUUUAUUUUUUUAGAUAGUAUUAAUUAAUUUUAGAGUUGAAUAAAUUGAUUUUAUAUAAUAAUUAAUAUUCAAUAAAUAAAAAAUAUAUAUUUAAAAUAAAUAUAUAUAUAUAUAUAUUAUAUAAAUAUUAUCUACACAAUUGUAUAUAUAAUUAAUAUAUAAUAUAUUAUAAAACUUAUUAAAUCUUUUAAAAAAUAUAUAAUUUAAUUUUCCUUUCAGUAAAAAAUUAAAAUAUCUCUUAAACAACAAAAAAUUUAUAUUAAAUUAUUAUUUUCUUUUACUUAAAAAAGUUUAUCAAAAUAUAUAAAUAAUUUUUUUAUGUAAAUUAUAAGAAAUUAGAAUAUUUAUGA